AUUGCAUCCAUGCAAGCAAACGACCUGGAUCAACUGAGAAUGUACUCGAUUCUAACUGCGCUGAAAAGCCUGGUCCUCUUUGGAAAAGCAUCAUGACCAGCGCCCUGUUAAAACACAAGUCAAAUUUGGGAGUAGCAUUUCAAAGAUGGAAUCAGUCAAGAGCCCAGAAGGGUUUCAAGACAGAUUCCCCAUAAGCUGGUUUAUCAUUCUCAAACAUCAAUGAAUUCAAAAUGUAUAAAUGUUAGCUGAUCAGCUUACAGGGAAGGACACGUUGUCGCUUGUUAUUGUCAAAAUAGAAUAAUUGCGCUUCUCUCGCAUGUCAUGUUGUGCUCAGAUCAUUUUGCGCUGGUGUUCGUUCAGUGUCCUCCACCUGGCCCCCGCUUGAGCUUUGAGUCUAGGGGGGAGGGUGCUGGAGGAGACAUCCCUCUCCAAAACUCUGAAUCUUUGUCUGCAGUACACAUUUUAAACCCUCUAUGUCAAUGGUACAUUUAAAUAGUUUAUUUCCUGUGUACAAAUACACACUUCCUCCUUCUAUGCAAACAGUGUAUCAAAACAAUGACUGUCUUUUUUUUCUCCCUCUGCAGAAGACUGCGAUGCCUUUGGAGACCGUAGCACGCAGCGCGGCGCCACCUCGGAGAGUCUGGGCGUGGACGCCCCUGGCUCCUCCCACCUGGCCAGACACAGGGAGGAGCUGAAGAUUCUGAUCAUCCAUGAAAAAGGGGAGGGUAGACUGGCGAUAGACGGCCAUGACACCCUCUUAACCCCGUCAGAAGUGGAGGCCCUGAACUCGCUGUCUGCGGACCACAGCGCGGCCAAGAGCCUGGAGCGCGGCGAGCGGCUGGUCUGCCGCGAGGAGCUGAGUGUGCAGGUUGGAAAUCAUCUUCUUAUUCAGCAUCCAAAUGAGAGGCUUCCUCUGUUACAACUCCAGCACACACCCUUAUAAAGCACACUCCUCUAUGAAUUAAUGUUCCGUAAGUGUAGCCUGCCUAUUGCCAGACUCGUUGGUCUGGGGAAGCUGCUGUCAUUGUCUUCAGCACAAGAGGCUUGAUCAACUUGUUCAACUGACUCUGUCCCCAAAUGGCUGCUUAACGUCGCUUCCCUGUCGUCAUUGUGUUCAACCAGCCAAUAGGGCGCCAGGGGGAGAACUAACCAACUUGGUGAUUGGCUCCUCCAAAAACGUAUCGGAAGCAGAAAGAAAUGAUUUGCUCUUCUCCAGACCCUUCCACAGGGCGGAUUCAAAUCACCGUCAGAACAGGCUGGGGGCACCCAGUCUAUCAUAGGUGGGGAUUAACAACUAUUCCGUGCAAAUGAAAGAAUUUGUCUUGCGUGUGUUUCCCUCUUUUUGGAAAGCAGCAGACCCCAGACACCAUUUCAAUCAAGAUUGAAGAGGAUAUUGGUGGAGGCAUGCCCGCUGUAGAAGACGGCAAUGACAUCAGAGACUGCAGCACGCAGCGCGGCGACACCUCAGAGAGUCUGGGUGUGGACGCCCCUGGCUCCUCCCACAUGGCCAGUCACAACGGGGAGCUGCGGAUCCUGAGCGUCUACGGAAAAGGGGAGGGCCCACUGGCGGUGGACGGCCAUGACACCCUCUUCACCACGUCAGAACCGGAGGCCUUGAGCUCGCUGUCCGUGGACCGCAGCGUGGCCAAGAGCCUGAACUGCUGCGUGCGGUUGGUCCGCCUUGAGGAGCUGACUGGGCAUCGGGGCGGCUGCAAGGGCCGGCCCGGUGUCUUGUGUGGCAAGGUUUUUCCCAAUAAUGACAAUAUGAUCGUUCACAUGAGGACAAAACCCGACGAGAAGCCGUACGGGUGUGACCAAUGCACGAAGAGCUUCAUUGGGAAAGUAAACUUGGAGAUCCACAUGAGGACUCACACCGGAGAGAAGCCCUACAAGUGCGACCAAUGCAUGAAGCUCUUCAGUCUGAACUGUCACUUGAAGAGGCACAUGAGGACUCACACCGGGGAGAAGCCCUACAGGUGCGACCAAUGCAUGAAGCUCUUCAUAUCGAAAACGCACUUGAAGAGCCACAUGUGGACUCACACCGGGGAGAAGCCCUACAAGUGUGACCAUUGCGCAAAGCGCUUUGGACAAACAAACGCCCUUCGAAUCCACAUUAGGACUCACACCGGGGAGAAGCCCUACAAGUGUGACCAUUGCGCAAAGCGCUUCAGACAGACAAGCCAGCUUACGGGCCACAUGAGGACUCACACCGGGGAGAAGCCCUACAAGUGCGACCAAUGCGCAAAGCGCUUCUUAACGAUAAGCCACCUUAAGAGCCACAUGUGGACUCACACCAGGGAGAAGCCCUACAAGUGUGACCAAUGCGCAAUGCGCUUCGAACAGACAAGCACCCUUCAGAUCCAGAUCCACAUGAGGACUCACACCGGGGAGAAGCUCUACAAGUGUGACCAAUGUACGAAGCUCUUCAUUCGGAAAGACAAGCUGAAGAUCCACAUGAGGACUCACACCGGGGAGAAGCCCUUCAACUGUGACCAAUGCGCAAAGCGCUUCAGACAGAGAGGCAGCCUAAAUGUCCACAUGAGGACUCACAACCGCGAGAAGCCCUACAAGUGUGACCAAUGCACGGAGCGCUUCAUUUAUAAAGCCUGCCUGAAGAGCCACAUGAAGACUCACACCGGAGAGAAGCCCUACAGUACAAUUUAAUCCCUUUUAGCAAAUUCAGCCCUUUUUAUUUAUUGUACCAAUGAGAAGGCAGACAAUACAUCUGUUAUAUCAACUAAACUUCAGAUCUCAGCUCAGUUCAUCUUUAAAGCCUGCCUCCCACCCAGCUUCGACCCCCACCAGUUUGACUAUCGAUCAAAUGGAUCAACGGAGGACGCCAUAGCCAUAGUUCUACCUUGUAUGAUGACAAAGUAUUCUAUUCUAUAAACAGGGUUUAUAUCAUUUAUAUAUAAUUGUAUAUAUUAAACUUACGCUUGAUAUUUCGACACUGUCGUUACCUCUACCUUCGUUAUUAGAAAAAGCCUGCAAAGUUGACCUGUGAAAUAGACUGCAAUUAAACCCCACAUUAUACAUGA